UGCCCCCCAACCGUCUUCGACGCCAAGCAAAGCAGUCACGUCUCCCAGAUCUCCCCACCGUUGCCCCCCCUCUCGACCCAAUCCCAAGCCCCCACCCAAUCCGGCCAUGGCGAGGCGCAUCCUCCUCCUCAUCCCCCUCCUCGUCGCCCUCGCCGCCGCCGCCACCGUCCCCGCCCGCGCGGCGCUCGGCGGUGGCGGGGGCGGGCGCGGCCCGCUGGCGGGCGGGUGGAGCGCGAUCCAGAACGUGAGCGACCCGCACAUCCAGGAGCUGGGCGGGUGGGCGCUGGGGCAGGCGAAGGAGAAGCAGCUGGCCGGCGCCGGGCUGCGGUUCCGCCGCGUGGUGCGCGGGGAGCAGCAGGUGGUGUCCGGGAUGAACUACCGCCUCUACGUCGACGUCGCGGACGCGGGGGGCCGGAGCGCGCCCUACGUGGCCGUCGUGUACGAGCAGCUCUGGACCAGCACCCGCGAGCUCACCUCCUUCAACAAGGCGCGCCGCGCCCACUGAGUCACCGCUCGUCCAUGGUCCAUUCCGGCGGCCCGCCGCGGACCGGCACGGCGGCCGGCGACGACGGCGUCAGUGCCCUUCUCUCCUCUCCUCCCGGAUAAUUAUAUCUAGCUAAUACUAUUACUAGCGGUAUAUGUUGCGAGCGAGUAAGCGCUGCGUUUUUACUACUGGUUGUUGUGGGGUUAAUCUGUGCGAGUCAGCGGUGUGGAUGAACUAUGUGCUACAACUUCUACCAGUACUAGAGUAUAAUGAUGUAAUUAAUGGUUUGUGCCUGUCUUGACUCUUGCGUUAAGGGAGCUAUUAUUGUAGUUGUUGUACUCC